AUGGAUAUGGAGAUUGGUGGGGGAGGGCAUAAAAAAAUACGGGUGUGUGUCAUUGGCGCUGGAGCCGCUGGUUUGUGCGCAGUUCGACAUCUUUCUAGUGAUCUAGCGCACUUCGAGCCCGCUAUUUUUGAAUUAUCCGACAAGGUGGGAGGGACUUGGGUCUACGUCGAGGAAACUGGAAACGAUGGCUAUGGUGUGCCCAUUCACUCCAGUAUGUAUAAAAAUUUGAGAACCAACUUCCCGACCAAAUUGAUGAACUUUCCGGAUUACCAAAUAAUGAAUCAAACCCGUCCAAGUUGUGGUACCCACCAACAGAUCCUGGAUUAUCUCAAUGCUUACGCCGAUCACUUUGCAAUCCGCCGAUUUAUUCAGUUCAAUACAAUGGUCGAGUGCGUUCGACCGAUAGUCAAUGGACUUUGGAGAGAAACCACGUGGAGGGUUGCAAUUAGAAAUCUCAAGACUAAGGCCCUGGAGGAGAGGGUGUUUGAUGCUGUUAUGGUUUGCAAUGGUCAUUACUCAGUUCCGAAAGUUCCGAAAAUAACUGGAAUCGAGACAUUUACGGGGUGUGCUAUGCACAGUCAUCAAUACAGGAAGCCAGAUAUUUAUGAGGGAAAAACGGUUAUUGUCCUCGGAGCCGGUCCGUCUGGCAUCGACAUUGGCAUUGAGAUCGCCAGUCGGGCUAAUUUCGUUUAUUUGAGCCACAAUGGCCCCAGAUUAGAGAGCCCAUUACUGACAAAUAUGUCACAAGUCAUGGGGGUGAAAUCCAUCGAUGGAAAUAAAUUCACUCUGAAAGACGGAACUGUUCUGACUGCCGAUGCCCUUCUGUACUGUACAGGAUACGAAUUCGCAUUUCCGUUUUUACAUGAGGAGUGCAAAGUCAGGGUUGAUGAUAAUUUUGUUACUCCACUGUGGAAGCAUUUGAUUAAUAUUGAGCAUCCCAAGAUGUGUCUUGUGGGAUUACCCUCGAGAGUCAUUCCUUUUCCGCUGUUUCAUCUGCAGAUCUUAUUUUUCCUGAGUUUAUUAAAAGGCCGGAUUGACCUGCCUUCCAAAGACAUUAUGCUCGAGGACACGAGGCCUUACAAUGAAAAACGUCAUGGACACGUCCUGGGAAAUCGCCAGUGGGAGUACAAUAAUCAAUUAGCCACUCUGGCUGGUAUCAAUACACUCCCGGAAUUCUACGAGAAUGGAUACACCCAGUGGAACAUUCAGAAGACCAACAAUCUCCUCAAGUACAAAGAUGCGGAAAUUGUCAUUGCAGAGGAUGGGAAGACUGUGCGUUUCGUAAUGACAAAGUGAUAAAGAUAAAGGCCAAAGUACGCGCUCGAAAAAAUGGAAAUAAUAAGGGAAGUACAAUAUUUUGAUGAUCUAAUGUGAUAAUGGCGAUAAAUUGGAGAUAAUAAAAUUCCAUUCCUUGAAUUAUGAAAA